AUGGCGGAGGCUUUCAUUGGCUUGAGUGUGCACGUCGAACUUGGUAAUGGUUCCUCAUUGGAAGGAACUGUGUCUCAUAUCGAUUCUCACACACAACUGUUAACUCUAAAAAAUGCUGGCACGGAAAUUAAAGAUCUCCAAAUAAUUGCUUCGAAUCAAUUAAACCAGUCAAAUAUCUCUCAACAGCAGCGACAAGUGCAACCUCCUUAUAAUAAUGCAAAAAACCUGGAACCUGUUAAACUACCUUCAACAAACUCCAUCUCUGCUACAAAUAAUUCUACAAAAUAUGAAACAAUUCAAAAUCAAUUAUAUUCCUCUGGCCUCUUAUCGAAGUCACCUUUUACAGAUCCUGCAAUUAUUUCGCAAAUCCAUCCUCAACCAACUUUAUCUGGCUCUCGCACACCCUCAAAAACAACUCAAACAGGCUCAACAAUAGAUAGUGAUUCUAAAGGUGAAGAAGAGGAGGAACUUGUGAAAACAUCAAACGGUAAUCAUCACAAUGGGGGUGAAUCGAGCGAAGCUGAACGUGGCCGUCGACAAACCCAUGAGUGGGCUGGUGGUGAUGUUAACGACUUUAAAUCGAAAGAAUUUGAUUUUCAAGGCAACUUGGACUUAUUUGAUAAAGAAAAGGUGUUUGCAGAAAUCAGACUAGAUUCCACAGCGCCAGAAAAUCUUCUUGUCAAUAUCAAUCGUAAUCCAAAUUUUCGUUCAAAUGGUCGUAAUGGCGGCUCUCAAUUAAAUCAAGCUACAUUGCCAAAAUUAGCAUCUCAUGAAAACGUUUUGGAAACUUCUUCACGAAAGACAAAAUUUUAUCACACUGAUGAAGAAGACGAUGCGGCUAAUGAUGGUGAAGUUGACUCUGAUGGUUCUUGGAAAAAGAAGAAAAAGGCUAAUGGUGUUGGUGAUCAUAGAAAGGUUAAAAUAAGGACGUUAACUGGUGUUGCGUGUCCGACUGUCCAACCUGUCCAGAUGGUGGAAGUUGAAAGGAUUGCUGAAACUGGUCCAAAUGAAGAUCAAAUGAUUGAAAAUGCUGCACCAUUAGUAGUGAUACUUGCCGGUAAUAAUAAAACUGGUGCAUAUGGUCUUGCUACCGCACGACAUUUAGCAAAUCAUGGAUGUCAUGUAAUCGCAUGUGUUGUCGGAAAAGACAAAGACUUACUCAAACAAUUCACCAAUCCUGUUGAUCUCAUUGUUGACGCCCUACUAGGAUAUCAAUUCACUUUACGAGAUAUAGCAGAUGAACAUGAAAAACUCUCGAUAUGCGAAUUGAUUGAUUGGGCCAAUGCUAAUAAAGCACCCAUUCUAAGUUUAGAUAUGCCAAGUAAUCCUAGUAAUCCCGCUCACUGUAUUCAUCCAAAAUGGACGCUAUGUCUCGGGGCGCCUAAGAGUGGGUGUAAAUCUCGUGCUGUUACUGGAGAGCUAUUUUUAGCUGAUAUCGGUAUUCCACGAAUUUGUUGGAAAAGAAUCGGAGUUAAAGGAUGGGGUAUGCCUUGGG